GAUAUGGUUUAUUGCUUUGCUCCUCACUUAUGCCAUUGAAUGUUUACUCAACUUUAAAGACACUUCAUUCAGUAACAUUGUUAAUUUGUUGAUCAGUUGUACUCAACGAUUACCUUCACUAUUUUUUCGCCAAUAUUUUGCUAAACGCUCGGUGGUUCGAUCGAUCCAAAUAUUGGGUUUGCUAUUUUUAUCCAUUAUAUUUGGAGCCUCAUUCAAUAAAGACAUGAUUAUUGUAACAAGUGAAGAAACUGUAAAUACCUUGCGUGAUGUGGUAAAUCAACGAAAGACACCAAUUUUCAUCAAUGGUUUAUCCGAACAUGAACUUUUUCGACUCGGUGUGACUAAAGAUUUCAGAGAUGUCUUCAAAUUGGCCAUGGAAAAAGGUAGUCCUGACCAGUUUUCUGCUUCGCUGGAACUAUUCGCCGAGUUUAAUUCAGAAUAUGUUAUCUUAACAUCAACAAAGAUUCGUCUGAUAGUAGACGCAAUGGAUUAUCUUUUACGUCCAGACAGAAGUUUCCUUUUACAUUGGUCCGAUCGAACAUAUCACAAAGUCAAUCAAGCAUAUUUAGUAACUGCUAGUCCAGUUAAAGUUAAUGUAAAAAAUCGUCUUAUGGUAAUGAUAUCUCGACUUCAACAGUCUCAUAUUUUCGAUACAUUUCAAGAAAGAGCCAUUACAGACAUUAUUAAGGAUUUCAAUUUAUCGCUACAUAAAAUAUUUCGCUUACAAUACAGAAGCAGCAACACAUACAGAGGCAACACCAAAAAGUUUUAUUCACCUCUUUCUAGCGCUGGUUUCCAAUCAAUUCGUAGAUAUUUUUUCAACUUUAUAGCAUUGUCUAUUGGUAUAUUCGCUAUUGAAUGUGUAAUUAUCUCAACAAACUGGACGAAAAGUAUAGAUUUUUGUAAAUCCAAAUUGUUCAAGUUAUGAUAAAUUGGGUUAUUUAGUUGUUCCGCGCUUGUAAUACAGUUCAAUAAUUGGUUAAAGUGUAAAUGCUUGAUUCCCGAAAAUCUGGUUACGAGUUAAUAUUAUAUUUAUGACUAGAUUUUAUGUUUCAUAUUUAACUAUUUUCCCUUUCAUAGUUUAUUAAACUGUUAAUCAAUUGUACUCAAAGGUUACCUACACAAUUGAUAUUUUUCUGGUCGAUCUCUCGUUAUCUCAAAUAAUUUAAAGUAAAGUAUAAUACAAAAGAUCA